AUGGCCGCCAGACUGGAGCCUCGACUUGCACGAUCCCGUGAUCGUUGCAAAGCAAAGAAGACCCGCUGUCUUCCCUACUUUGAACACGUACAUCCGCUAUACCCCUUCUUGGAUCGCAAUGACUUCAAAAACCAUGCAUUCGAUAACGAGCUGGCGGAUCAUUUGACAAGCAAUGCCCCUUUCUCAGCACUUUACCCCACAGUCUUGGCGCUUGACUGCCUAUAUGUCCAAGGCGGAUCAUUCGAUACGGGAAAGGGCAAGGCCUGGAGAAUCUUUCAACAUGCGCUAGGUCUCUUCCCAGAGAUCCUGCUGCCCCCGGAGGCCUUGCUCGAUGUUCAAGGAAUAUUCGCCAUGAACUUCUCCUGCAUUCAAAUCAGCAGAAUUCUGAUCACCGAGGCGGCGAGAAUGGUCCAGUGUCUGGGCUACAGUGCUGCGGUCGAAUGCUUUUUCUGCAGCCGUGCUCCAGUAAGUCUCGCCCAAGCUACCAUUGCCCCCAGAGCAACCCGGAGUGAUGAUGCCGUGGACAGACGGUCGGAGCAGGCAAUCUCCUGGACAGAACCGUCGGGUGAAUUGUUGCCGGGACAAACACCUCUCCAGAAUUCGAUGGAUGUUCUGCAUAGUGGUAUUAAUGCGACAAGCAUGGGAUUCGACGAAUUAUUCUAUCCCAGCGAUCCUCGUCAGCCGACAAUGGGGACAUUGAACCCACCGGCGAGUGAGCUUUCGGCGUUGGUUGAUUUCUCGUUCUGGAGUUGA